AUGUCUGCCCCUCCUCAGACGUACGUUACUCUUAACAAUGGCGUCAAGAUGCCUGCUAUCGGACUGGGAUGUUGGUCCGGUUUGACCGACGAACAGCACGAAGCAGCACGUCCUUGGGUUCUCUCAGCUCUCAGAGUUGGCUAUAGGCACCUCGAUGCUGCACAUGAUUAUGGUACAGAAGGUGCAGUAGGUAAGGCUGUCAGGGAGUCUGGUAUUCCUCGCGAGGAGAUUCAUGUAACCACCAAGCUGCCCCUCCAUCACCAUGCGAGAGUUCCCGAUUCUAUCGAGCAGUCGCUCGGGAAUGCAGGGUUUGAUUAUUAUGACCUUUGGUUGAUGCACUGGCCUCAAGGAAUGGCGAACAUCGACGACAAACCGAACCCGCGUUACCCUGGUCCAAAUGGAGAGCCCGAUCAGGGGGAUUUCAUCAUGGACGACAAGACGACCUUCAACCAGACGUGGGCCGACAUGGAGAAGAUAUAUGAGUCAGGGAAAGUGAAAGCUAUCGGUGUCAGUAAUUUCAGUGUGAAAAACUUGAAGAAGCUUCUGCAAACUGCAAAGAUCAUCCCAGCGGUAAACCAGGUUGAGAUGCAUCCUCACCAAACGCAACCUGAAUUGCUGGAGUUUUGCCGGGAGAAAGGGAUUAUUCUGAUCGCCUAUUCCCCAACUGGUUACGCAAAGGUUGCAAAUGAUCCGACAAUAAUUAAGCUCGCCGAGAAGUAUAAGGUCUCUACAGUGCAGAUUAACUUGGCUUGGGAUCUUGCAAGAGGAACAACUGCCAUUCCCAAGAGUACUAAUGAAGGCAGACAGCGGGCAAACUUACUGGAACUUCCGACACUAUCUAAGGAGGACAUUGAGCUAAUCAGUUCUUUGAACAAGAACGAACAUUACUGCGGUUAUCCUGGUCCACGGGAAAGAAAUGGAGAGAAGCUGGUCUUUGGUUGGACAUACACUCAGAUGGGCUGGUAG